AUGAUUCUUCUCUUCUUGUUCUACUUGUUCGAGUUCCUACUCGUUACAUUGAUAUUUCUCGCGGUAACCGGCAAAACGUUGGGAAUUCGUGAGCUCUAUGUGAAUACGUUGGACAGAAUAUUUGAGUGGGGAGCCACGGUUUGCACAGAAGUCGGUGAUGAUGAGCCACCUCCAAAUGGUGAGGAGUGCGAGACAAUUCAAAGGAAACCCAGAAGAAGUUCGUCGGCGUCAGAUUUAGGCAUUAUCAAUCGAGAAAAGUCGGAGAUCAUUGAUGCGAAGCUUCACGAAACUAAUGUGCCAACAUCCAAGAAGACAACUGUUAGCGUUCUCGUUGAUGAUACACUAGAUUUCAUAACCGCCGGAAUGGAAGCGAUCAUUGAAGAUCAAGUGACAAACAGAUUUGCUGCUGCCCAGUUACCUUGUUGGAAUCUUUUGAGCCGAACGAGAUAUUCGUUCCAAUAUUACAACUGGAAACUCACUGCGCUAUGGAUUGUUGGAUUUAUGGUGCGAUACUACGUUUUUUUGCCAUUCCGUAUUGCUUUGUUUGUGUUAUCGAUGGGCCUUAUGAUCGCCUGCACAACAAUUAUUGGAAUAGUGCCGCAUCCAAAAGUUAAAAAGUGGUUGAACAGAAGAGUGAUGCUCAUGUGCUUUAGAAUCUAUUCGCGUGCAUUUUCCAGUGUUAUUAGAUUUCAUAACAGAGAAAAUCGAGCACAAAAGGGCGGAAUCUGCGUUGCAAACCAUACAUCUCCAAUUGACAUUAUGAUUCUAAGUUGCGAUAAUUGCUAUGCCAUGAUUGGCCAGAAGCAGGGAGGAAUGCUAGGAUUCCUGCAAAACACAUUGAGCCGUGCUGAACAUCAUAUUUGGUUCGAAAGAGGAGAAGCAAAGGACAGAAAGAAGGUCGUUGAGAUCAUGCGCGAACAUGUCAAUGAUGAGAACAAACUUCCGAUUAUCAUCUUUCCUGAAGGAACCUGUAUUAACAAUACAUCAGUGAUGAUGUUCAAGAAGGGAUCGUUUGAGCUUGGCAGCACAAUUUAUCCGAUUGCAAUGAAAUAUGACUCAAGAUUGACUGACGCGUUCUGGAACAGCAGUCGUGAAUCUUAUGGGAAAUAUUUGUGGAACAUGAUGACGUCGUGGGCAAUUAUUUGCGAUGUUUGGUAUUUGCCACCAAUGACAAAACAGGAAGGUGAAGAUUCGAUUGCUUUCGCACGUCGUGUGAAGCACGCAAUUGCCAAAAAAGGUGGAUUGAUUGACUUGGAAUGGGAUGGAAUGUUGAAGAGAGAAAGAGUGUCCAGCAAACUAGUAAGCCUUCAACAAAAGCUUUACUAUGAGAGAUUGGCCCGAACAACGAGUUUGACAACUAUGAUUGAGGAGGAUACUACCGAUAUUUUGGAAAUUAUGCAGGGUAUAACCGAUGAGGAACGAAACGAGCUUCUCAAGAAGAUUGACGAGCAGGAUGAUGAAGCGGCAAUGAUGCGUAAGAUAUCGGCAAUGCGUCCAUCGAGCCCGUCGCCAAGAGCCACUUUCCAAAUUGGCGGUGGUGAUGCAAUGCGUCACCGCAAAUUCGAAUAG